AUGUCGGCGGCGGCCGGCGGCGGCCGGGAGGCGAACCGGCUGCGGGCCGGCAGGGACGGCGCGGCGGGCCGCGGCGGCGGCGGCCUCCUCAACCGCUUCGUGCAGCUGCCGGGCAGGCCGUACCUGGCCGGCCAUAGAUCUCCACCAGCAAGAAGUGGCCAUCGAUGCGUGGCAGAUAAUGCCAAUUUAUAUGUGUUUGGAGGCUACAAUCCUGACUAUGAUGAGUCUGGUGGACCAGAGAAUGAAGACUACCCACUCUUCAGGGAACUCUGGCGAUACAACUUUGCUACAGACACUUGGCAUCAAAUGGGCACUGAAGGCUACAUGCCUAGGGAACUAGCAUCCAUGUCACUUGUAUUGCAUGGCAAUAAUCUGCUUGUGUUUGGGGGCACGGGGAUCCCUUUUGGGGAGAGCAACGGCAAUGAUGUCCAUGUCUGCAAUGUCAAGUACAAAAGAUGGGCCCUGCUCAGCUGCCGGGGAAAGAAACCCAAUCGAAUCUACGGCCAGGCUAUGGCCAUCAUCAAUGGCUCCCUCUAUGUGUUUGGAGGAACAACUGGCUACAUUUACAGUACUGACCUACAUAAACUAGAUCUUAACACUCGGGAGUGGAUCCAGCUGAAACCAAACAAUAUGUCCUGUGACAUGCCAGAAGAGAGGUAUAGACAUGAAAUCGCACAUGAUGGUCAACGAAUUUAUAUCUUGGGAGGUGGAACAUCCUGGACAGCUUAUUCAUUAGAUAAGAUCCAUGCCUACAACCUUGAAACCAACACCUGGGAGGAAAUUGCUACGAAGCCUCAUGAAAAAAUUGGCUUCCCAGCAGCCAGAAGAUGCCAUAGCUGCGUUCAGAUAAAAAAUGAUGUGUUUGUUUGUGGGGGUUAUAAUGGAGAAGUGAUUCUGGGAGACGUUUGGAAGCUGAAUCUGCAAACUUUCCAGUGGGUCAAGCUCCCAGCUGCCAUGCCUGAACCAGUGUAUUUUCACUGUGCUGCUGUCACACCGGCUGGCUGUAUGUAUGUUCACGGAGGGGUGGUCAACAUCCAUGAAAACAAGCGGACUGGCUCUCUGUUUAAAAUGUGGCUGGUGGUACCCAGCUUGCUGGAACUGUCGUGGGAGAAGCUCCUGGAGUAUUUCCCUCAUCUAGCAACUCUCUCCAGAUCUCAGCUUUUGCACCUUGGACUGACGCAGGGACUUGUUGAGCGACUAAAAUGAGAACAUCUCUUGCCUCUGUCCAAGAAACACUAUGUUCAAGAGCCCUUCCCUCCCCCAUCCCCUAUUUAUGGAUACCAUGGAUGGUCUUGCUAAGAAGAUGGAGGAACCUGCUCAACGCCUUAUUCAGCAAAUACAUUGAUGCCUUUCUAGAAAUUUUUAUUUUAAGUUGUUGGAAAUCUGCUUUUUAUUUAUGGAUAUCUAAAUUACACCAUUAAUGAAAAAUGCUCUCCGGGACUAAUCCAUAACAUCCAACCAUCAAACUGUCAUCAGCACAUGCUUGCAAAUUAAUGGGGGGCGGGGGAGGGGGAGGGGGAAGCUUAGUGAAUGUCUGAGCUCAUGCUUACAUAUGGAGCAUUCAACUUACUGUAUUCACAAGAUGCAUCUAACUGGGAGGAGGUUCUCUGCAGAACAGCAGCCAGCCUGUUCUUUUGCUUUGGGUGACACUCAUCCCCUUAAUGUCCAGCUAAGCUCUUCCUCUGUAAAAACAAGGACUCUUGCUGCUUGAAGGCUUUGCAUGCAUUUUAUGGGCAUGUUCCCAUCCUCUUUGAGCUUCGGAAGACGGCCGGAACGUCGCACAGAGGCAGCAAGCGAAGCUUUGCCUGUGCAGCUUUUCUGGUGCAGUGUCCAGUGAUUUGAAACACCAGUGUCUGUGUUCCUCACCUUUUCAUAUUGAAAGGUUUGCUUGGAAGACUGGUUAAAAGAUGCCACUUAAUGGACUACUGUGUAGUUUACUCUGGGUGGUGAGGGGGGAAAAGUUUUGCUAAAUCCUCUUUUUUUUUUUUUUUUUUUUAAACCCUUUCUGCUCACGUUGCACACUGAAAGAGCUAAUUGAGGAAACUCACCCCGUAGAUUUCAAAACAGUCUUUUAACCUGCAGUGUGUCAUACCCUGUACUUGGGUAUGAGCCACCCAUGCCAAGAGAGUACUAGUUAUCACAUAUAACUUUGUAACGUGUUCAUAAGCUUUUAGCUUUCAUCCUUUCCAUACUUCCUGCAUUGGCUUUUCUCUGGACAGCUUCUUGCUCCUUUGGGAGGGGGUGCUUCAUUGCAUGUGAUUUUAAUGCAUUUUUGUGAGUCUUUUUUUUUUUUUUUUUUUUUUUUUUUGCCUCUGUAGAAGUUAAUGGAUCACUCUUCCCAGGAAAUAAAACAUCCAAAAAGGGGAAGAGGGAAGAUCUGUCCCUCUUGCUGUGAUCAAUGUUCAUCUCUCUACAUAUGCAGGAGAGGAAGGGAUGUCUCUUUGUUGUCUUGCUGUGCUUCAUAUACUGUGACGUUAGCUCUGAAGAACGUGUGUAAGUGAGCAGCUCCACUUGGCUGGCGUCAGAUUUGCGCAAAAUUCUUUUCCUUUGAAGAUCAUUUUUAAGUGCCUUUUUUUCCGUCAGCUUUUCCUAAUAACUUCCUCUUGCAUCAUUUAAGGCAAAUAUUAGAUUAUGGGUUUUUAGUUCCUUUAAAAAUUUGUAUUUGUGUUUUAAUAAACCAUAGCAUUGAAUUCAUGGUGUUAAUCUGAAUGUCACUGACAGAUCAAGUCACUGCCAUCCAUCUUAGGGCGCAGCCAGCCCUGCUGCUCAGUUGCAGUGUUACUACUUGUCCCUAAUGUUAAACUUCCCCAGUUUGGGGGGAUAGAUUUUUUGGUUUUGUUGUUCAUUUUUAUUGUAAUCUUACUUGCUGCUUUUUUUCAAGGCCCAGCAAAAUAAAGGUUAGUUGUCAUA